AAAAUGUACGUCACAGUCACGGUUGGGUUAAUGUACUUUUAACAAUAAUUAGUAUUAUACCAAAUGUUCUCUUGCCACAUAAUCCUAAACAUAUACCUCCGACGGAGUAUUGUAAAAAUAUAUAGUUAAAAGAAUCAGCAAGGUCAAAUAGUUUGUUGAGCAAUGGCAGCUUCUGAAGGUUCAUUUAAAGAAAAGCUCACAAACUGUCUAACAGAGCAAUUAAGUGAAUAUGAACUACUGAAAUCCAUGUAUCCAAACAACGAUGAUAUAAUUUUAACUGAUACUAAUAUACUUGUUGACAUGGCUGAUUUUGUGGAGAAUGAAUCAGAGACAGAAUACAGUCCAGGUCAUUUAGAUUUUAUUUUAAACCUUAAUCUAGAUGGUUCAAAAUUAGAAGUCUGUGUUAACUUACCUAGCUUCUAUCCAAGUGAAGAACCAGACCUGUAUGUAAGGUGUAACCAAUUGAAUCGCUACCAGGAGACAAGCCUGAAUGCAGAAAUGUCCAACUUUCUUAAAGAAAAUUUUGUUGGAGAAGUUUGCAUAUAUUCUGCAGUGUCAUGGUUACAAGACAACUUAACAAAAUUUACUGAACAGCUCACCGACAAAGCUAGUGCUUAUAUCAUUCCUGAAUCAAAAUGUACAGAUGAUGAUAAAUUUGUCAGAUUGUGGAUUUAUUCCCACCAUAUAUACAACAAAAGAAAAAGAGAUGAAAUAGAAUCAAUGGCAAAAGAUUUAAACCUGACAGGGUUUUGCUUGCCUGGGAAGCCUGGUAUUAUUUGUGUUGAAGGUGCAGGCAGUGACUGUAAACAAUGGUGGUCAAUUAUUAAAAGUAUGUCAUGGAAAAAAAUUGUUAUAAAAAUGACUGAAACUUUUGAACUUAGUGAAAAAGAACAAAAAUUUCACAAGUUUCAAGAAAUCCAUUUUCCAAGUUCAUCAGUUCGCUCUAAGCAUGCAGAUAUGAGUGGACUUUCUAAGUAUAUGGAUGAGCAUGGACUGACAGAAAUAUUUAAAAAUAUGUUUGGGAUAAGUGAAAUUUGACAAGUGACAUCCUAAAAUAAUAAAACCAAAUCAUGCCUAACCAAGUCAAGUCAUAUCAUAUCAGACAUCGGGAUCUUUCUUUUGACAGGUAGGGAGUUCCUAUAUCAAUAAAUUAAACUUAUAGAUCACCUCCAGCUUCAUUUGUGACUGAAUAUGUGUGAUUUUUCACACCUGAUGGUCUCAUCGGAAGAUCAGUGCUGGAAGUCACCAGCAACAUGCUGAGAUGAGGCCAUUUCGUGGCACUUUAAUCUUAUUUUAUGUUUUCUUGUAUAUUAUGUAAUGUUUGUUUGUGCUUACAAAUAAAAUCUUAUUCUAUUCUAAUAUUAUUUGUAAGUAUUAUUUAGAGGAGGAUGAUAAAGUUUACACAAAGCAUAGGCAUUUGAUUGCUAGUCUAGGAAAAAAUAUGAAUGAAGUUUCAAAAAUCCCUUUAAACUAAAGAAGAAGGGAAUUUAGUUCAUGUUUUGUUUCAUGUCAAUAUUUCCAAUAAAACUAUAUUCUGACACAAAACUUGAAGCAAUCUCUAAUAUAAUUAAUCGAGAAGCAUCAAUAAUUAUUGAGUUUAUCAAUGUAGGAACUCCGUACCUGUCAUUAUGUUUAGCCCCCUGAAAGCCAAUGUCUGAUCACAAUAUCUAUCAUGUUAAGUACUGACUUGAAUUUUGACAACCCUAAAUAGCCGAAAGGGAUAGUUGAUAGAUGAUUCGUCCCUGAACCGCUGUCAAACUUCGUUUUUGUGGGAAGUUUCCUUUCUGUACGGUAGUACCUAAAUAGUCAAAUUCAUAUAAAGUUAAGUCAUAUUAUUUCAUAUUGGUUCUAACACCAAUGUCACCAAUUGUAAGAAAUAAAGAAACACAACUGCAAAUAACAACAUGUUUAAAAAUCCGUUUUGUUAAUGGUCAGUUUAAAACAAAUUGAGUGGACUAAGAGCUUAUAAAACAUGCCUA